UGCGCCGUUCAACACACUGGCUGUGUCUCAAAACCUAGUGCGCUGACUACCUAGACAGCAUUUGUGGAUCGGCACACGCGUCCGUGAUUUCAAUAAACACUGCAAGCGCGUUUGAUGAGCAAGAAUUCUGCACGCGCGUGACAUACACUAACAUACCGUCGAAGGCGACUAGAUUUUGCAACACGGCCAAUGACUGAUAAAAUGGCGGAGGAAAACAUCGGUGAAUCUCAGGAUGAGAAGGAAAUCCUAAUAAAGAAGGAUGCACUGUCACAGGACAGCGGUGAGGUUGUCCAGAGAACAAAAAACAAAGAGUCUAAACUGAUUUUGUAUCAUUGGACUCAGUCUUUCAGCUCUCAGAAGGUGAGACUGGCAAUAGCUGAGAAAGGUCUUCAGUGUGAGGAGAAUGAUGUGAGUCUGCCUCUGAGUGAACACAAUGAGCCCUGGUUUAUGCGCCUGAACCCCACUGGAGAGGUUCCUGUGCUGGUUCACAAUGACAAUGUCAUCUGUGACCCCACACAAAUCAUGGACUAUUUGGAGCAGAACUUCUGUGAUGAACAUACCCCAAAGCUGAUCCCAGAAGAGGGAAGCACGUAUUAUCAUCGAGUUCAGCAUUACAGAGAACUGCUGGACUCUCUGCAGAUGGAUGCGUACACCCAUGGCUGCAUCCUUCACCCAGAGAUCACCGUAGACUCCCACAUCCCAGCUUACGCCACCACCCACAUUCGCACACAGAUUUUAAACACGGAAUCUGAGCUUAAGAAACUAGCAGCGGAGAAUCCCGAUCUUAAAGAUGCUUAUAUUGCAAAACAGAGACGUCUGAAAAGUAAAUUGUUUGACCAUUAUAACAUGAAAUACCUGAAGAAACUCCUGGAUGAACUGGAGAAUGUUCUAGAUCAAGUUGAGACCGAGCUGCAGAGGAGGAUUGAGGAGACACCAGAAGAGGGCAGUCAGCAGGCUUGGCUCUGUGGUGACUUCUUUAGCAUUGCUGAUGUCUCCCUCUCUGUCAUCCUUCACCGCCUCAAGUUCCUGGGUCUGUCCCGUCGGUACUGGGGAAAUGGGACCCGGGUCAACCUGGAGACGUAUUAUGAGCGUGUCCUGAACCGGCCGACUUUCCGCAGAGUGCUUGGACAAGUCAAUAACAUCCUCAUAUCCGCUGUGCUGCCCACCGCAUUCAGGGUGGCAAAGAAAAAGGCUCCAGCCUUUGUUGGUGCCACUUUAUUGAUUGGCUUGAUAGGGGGCGCCACUUACCUGGCUUUCAGUUAUUUUAAAAGGAGACUUCUCAUAUCUUGAGACAGCUAUUGGGACUGUCUCAACAUAAGGUAUGUUUAUUAUAACAUUUGGCUCAUAUACACUGUAACAAUUUGAUGAUUGUUGCACAAGAAGCACUUUUUUUGCCAUAAUAAGAAGCAAAGCAGAGAAACAGACACAGUGCAUCUUUUCAUUGAUAAGGUUAAUUAAACAGACUUAAAUGGCUUCAAUUCAUGCUGUAGGUCCUUUAUGGCCAAUGUGUUUUGUGCUAAAAUGUCGGUAUUAAUGUCUGGUCACAAUUACAGUAGAAUCAGUUACAGAAACAAAACUCUCCGAUUUCCUCACAUCAAUUUUGUAUAAUCCAACAUCCUUUCAUAUACACAAUAAUGUAUAUGUAGGAUGAUAAUUUGUCUGUUCUGCAUUAGUAUCUAUCAAUUCAGUCAUGCUUUUCACUUAAUAAGUCAAAGGAUAUACAAUACUACUGUAUAUGCAACAGUAAUUUUCCUGCACAGAAGU